AUGGAGGCUAAGCCUGCCUGUGCCUCUGUCUCUCUGUCCAGGUUACUGCUGCAGGAAUUAAAGCAGGAGCUGGGAGAGCAGCAGCAGAAGAGCCAGGCUGCGCUGGAGCAGCUGGUGGACAAGAGUGCCGACCAGCUGCAGGCACAGCUGGAUGAGUUGAGGGUGGUGGUGGAGAGCCUGAGGCAGGCAGAGGGGCACGCAGCGCACCCCAUCUGCAGCAAGGACACCGGCACGCAGGUGGAGCAGCUCCUGCAGCGCUAUGAGAAGCUGCAGGAGCAGGGGGACUCUGUCAUGUGCCAGCAGGCAGCGGGCAAGGUGGCGAGGCAGCAGCAUGAGAAGAGCCAGAAAGCAACCAAAUCCACCGCGGGCAGCCAAGUCAGCCGAAGCCAGUUUGAGGCCAGUAUGGAGCAGCUGAUGGAGAUAAGAAAGAAGAUCCAGAGCCAGGGGAUGGCCCAGGAGCAGGGCUUGCAGCAGGUGCAGCAGCAGCUCAGGGAGGUGAUGGACUCCAAGGUGAGGGCUGAUUCGUCCCCGCUGCCAAACGCAGGCACUUUUGGGCCGGGCAGACUAAGGCAGCCUCCGUCCGAGGGUCUCCCCUCCCGGCUCUCUCCCGGGGACCACCACGUCCCACGCCGGGGCAGCACGCUGAGGUGGUCCACCUGUCCACAGCUGGAUCGCCCGGAGCUGGCGCCUGUCCAGAGCCAACUGGAGCACUGUAACAACACCCUGAAGCAGCUCAAGGACAUCGUGCCACAGACAGGGACAGCCGAUGGAGCAGCUGGGAUGAAGUACCCGCAGGCCCAUUCCCCCUACCUGUCCUGUGACCAACCCCUCGCUGUGACGGCACCCGGACCGGAGCCAUCAGCUGAGUGCAGGUUCCUCAGCAAGGCACGGAGCAGCGGAGGCCUGCACAUUACCACCUACCCACUGCAGCAAUACCCGUUCCUCCAGCCCAAGCCACCCAGCACCCUGCCGCCGAGCCAGCAGGAGGUGACAGCAAGAGUGGGCAAGGACGGCUGUGUCUCCCGAGGCUGGCGGAAGAGACGGUAGCCUGCUCUGGCGGGCAAGGAAGGUUCUGCCACCUCAACAGAGGAUGAGCCAGCACCUUCUCACAGACACCUCUCCUGGACACCAGAGAACCUCCGGCCGUAACCCAGCACCCAACAGCUGGGCAGCACGGGCAGCAACAGAUGCUGGGAGAAAAGCG